UGAGGAACUCGACGGGAACAUGAGAAAGUUUUGAAAACUUGUAUGUAAUAAACAUCACAUUAAGGACUGAAGUCAGUUUCCCAUUAUGGGGAGCACAGAGAGCAGUGAGAGAUCUUCAUCUCCUGAUCCCAGCUGUGUGUCACUGAAGAGUGACAGAUCAAUGCCUCUUCCUCCUAAAUUCAGUGAUGAUCCAGUGACCUCUGACCCCAGGAUCUUCAGGAGGAAGAGAUCUUCAUCUCUUGAUCCCAGCUGUGUGUCUCUGAAGAGUGACAGAUCAAUGCCUCUUCCUCCUAAAUUCAGUGAUGAUCCAGUGACCUCUGACCCCAGCAGAUCAGAUCAAGAGCGAAGCAUGUCUCGUGAAGUCUUCGGUCUGAAUACCACGAGUGUUACAGCAUCUCUGAAAAAACAUGAUCAGCCAGUGAAUGAUGAUCUGCAGAGAGCCAAAGUCCAGCUCAAAACCAGCAUGAAGAACAAAUAUGAGAGAUUAUUUGAGGGACUGAAACCCUGGGAGAAUGAAAGCCUCCUGAACAGCAUCUACACACAGCUCUUCAUCAUAGAGGGAGAGAGAGAAGGAGUGAAUGAAGAACAUGAGGUUUUACAGAUGGAGAAAACAGCCAGAACACAACACUCAAAAGACACUCCAAUCUGCUACAAUGACAUCUUUAAAGCCUCACCUGGAUUAGGAUGUGAAGAGAAAGAGCAGAUCAAGACUGUUCUUACUAAAGGCAUCGCUGGAAUCGGAAAAACCGUCUCUGUGAAGAAGUUCAUUCUGGACUGGGCCGAGGGAAAAGCCAAUCAAGAUGUAGAUUUCAUGUUUGUGCUUCAAUUUCGAGAGUUGAACUUGGUUCGAGAUCAUCAAUACAGUCUUCACAGACUUCUGCUGGACUUUCAUCCUGAACUUCAAGAUCUGGACUCACAGAUUUAUGGGAAGUGUAAAGUUGUGUUCAUCUUUGAUGGUCUGGAUGAAAGUAGAAUCACAUUGAUGUUUUCAGACACUCAGAAAGUUUCUGAUGAAACAGACACUUCAUCAGUGGGUGUGUUGAUGUCAAAGCUCAUGAAAGGAGAGCUGCUUCCCUCUGCUCUCAUCUGGAUCACAUCCAGACCAGCAGCAGCCAAUCAGAUCCCCUCCAAAUACAUCAACCGUCUGACAGAAAUACAGGGAUUCAAUGAGCCUCAGAAGGAGGAGUAUUUCAGGAAGAGAAUCGGUGAUGAGCAUCAAGCCAGAAAAAUCAUCUCACACAUCAGAAGAGCAAGAAGCCUCCACAUCAUGUGCCACAUCCCCAUCUUCUGCUGGAUCUCAGCCACUGUGUUUCAGAAGCUCCUGGAAGAAGAUCUGAGUGCAGAAAUCCCUCAAACUCUGACUGAAAUGUACAUCCACUUCCUACUCACUCAGAUCGACAUGAGGAAGCAGAAAUAUAAAGAGAGAGAUCCAGAGAAAUUCCUGCAGUCCAACAGAGAAGUGAUUGUGAAACUUGCUGAAGUUGCUUUCAGUCAGCUGAUGAAGGGCAAUGUGAUGUUCUAUGAGGAGGACCUGAUUGAGAGCGGCAUAGACCUCACUGACGCCUCAGUCUAUUCUGGGAUUUGCACUGAAAUCUUUAAGGAAGAAUCUGUGAUAUAUCAGAGGAAAGUCUACAGCUUCAUUCAUCUGAGCGUUCAGGAGUUUCUCGCUGCUUUCUAUUUGUUUUACAUUUAUGUAAUGAAAAAUGUUGACACCCCAAAGUUUUUGGAUGUCGUUCAUAGUCUCCAUAGAGAAGCAAUAGAUAAAGCCAUUGAGAAUGAGAAUGGACAUCUGGAUCUGUUCCUGCGAUUCUUGCUGGGCAUCUCACUGGAGUCCAAUCAGAGACUCUUACAGGAUUUACUGGCACACACAGAGAAGAGCUCAGAGAGCAUCAGGAGAACCACACAGUACAUUAAAAAGAUCAUCAAAGAUGGACAGGAAGUCUCCACUGAAAGAUCCAUCAAUCUGUUCCUCUGUCUGUUGGAAGUGAAAGACCAGACUCUGUCCAGAAAGAUUCAGGAGUUUGUGAAAUCAGACAAACUCUCAGAGAAGAAACUCUCUCCUGCUCACUGCUCAACAAUAUCCUACAUGCUUCAGAUGUCAGAAGAGCCAUUGGAAGAGCUGGACCUCAAGAAAUACAACACAUCAGCUGAGGGGAGAAGACGACUGAUACCAGCUGUGAUCAACUGCAGAAAAGCUCUAUUUUCUGGCUGUGAUCUCUCAGAUCAGCAUUGUGAAACUGUGUCAUCAUCUCUAAAAUCCUCAAACUGUGUCCUAAGAGAGCUGGAUCUGAAUAACAAUGACCUGCAGGACUCUGGUCUAAAGUUUAUUUCUGAUGGACUGAAGAUGCCAAACUGUCAGCUGGAGAUACUGAGUCUUGCUGUCUGUAAUCUCACUGCUCAGUGUUGUGAGAGUUUGUCAUCAGCUCUACAAUCCUCAAACUCUGUCCUGAGAGAGCUGGAUCUGAGUAACAAUGACCUGCAGGAUUCAGGAGUGAAGUUUCUGUCUGAUGGACUAAAGAAUCUAAAUUGUCAGCUGGAGAUACUAAGGUUGUCUGGCUGUAUCGUCACAGAGGAAGGCUGUGGUUACUUGUCUUCAGCUCUGAGUUCAAACCCCUCACACCUGAGAGAGCUGGAUCUGAGCUACAAUCACCCAGGGCAAUCAGGAGUCCAGCUGCUCAAACACAAACUGGAGGAUCCAAACUAUAAACUGCAGAUACUAAAUGUGGAUUAUGGAGAUGAGAUCAGGAUGAGAGCAGGACCACAAAAGUAUGCCUGUUUUCUCACACUGGAUCCAAACACAGCAUACACUAAACUCAGUCUGUCUGAGGAGAACAGAAAGGUGACACAUGUGGGAGAGAAACAACCAUAUCCUGAUCAUCCAGACAGAUUUGAUGUGUGUUCUCAGGUGUUGUGUAGAGAGAGUGUGUGUGGACGCUGUUACUGGGAAAUUGAGUGGAGUGGAGGUGUGUGUAUAUCAGUGUCAUAUAAGAGCAUCAACAGGAAGGGAUCAAGUAAUGAGUCUGUUUUUGGAUCUAAUGAUCAGUCUUGGAGUUUGUUCUGCUCUCCUGACAUGUACUCAUUCAUACAUAAUAACAAACACACUGAUCUCCCUGUGAAGCCCAUCAUCAGGAGGAUAGGAGUGUUUGUGGAUCACAGUGCAGGAACUCUGUCCUUCUACAGCGUCUCUGAAAACACAAUGAACCUCAUCCACACAGUCCAGACCACAUUCACUCAGCCACUCUAUCCUGGGUUUUGGGUUUAUUAUUCUGGAUCAUCAGCGAAACUGUGUUGAUGAAUCAGAUGAGACAGAAGAGAGAUUCUACCCAUAAUGCUUUGAGCUGCAUGAUAAAUCGGCAACAGUGAAAUGUUAUAGAGUCUCUUCAUGACAUUAAUACUGCAGCUGAACUUCUGUCACAGAGAUAACAGAAUAAAUGUGUCAUAAAUCCUCAUAUAAAGUAGACCGUAAGAUCAGUGUGUGUGUUUGUGUGUGUGUGUGUGUUUACUUACAUUCGUGUUUUUAUUGUAGUCACAUCAAUUAUUUGUAUUAUUACUAUCAAAUUAUGUUUCAUGAAUUAUGUUUGUGAAAAGUAUGUCAUAAAUUUUUCUCUUUUGUUUUUGUGCAUAAAUAAUAAAACAUGAUGAGAAAUAAACCUGAGAUCAGA